AUGUCGACACACAUUCAGCACAUUUUUAUCAUUAAUCGAGCAGGAAGUCUAAUUUAUAGCUGGGAAUCGAAAAAUGAGACGGUAAGCGUUAAAAACCCCUCUUCAAAUGAAAUGAACGCCGAAAAUUACAGCCGGAAGUUGAGAAAACGUACGAAUGGCCGAUCGAUGUGCACUUGGAAGAGGUCGACCAGAAAGCGGUUGUGGUUUUCGGAGAAAAAGAUGGUAUCAAGUUGAGGUACACUUUCGGAACGGUUUUUUUUCAGGAUUCAAAGCGAGAAUUGCAGGUAUUACGUGAAAAGUGUGAAUGGUGAACCGGUGCUCGGGACGAGACUCCAACUUGGCUCACAGCAAGUGAAUGUGCUCGAAUUUCUGCAGGAAGAGGACAAUUAUCCGGUUGGUUUUUGGAUUUAGAAUUCAUAGAAAGUCAGUAUCAGAAAAACGGGGCAAAAGUCUCUGUUUUUCAUUAUUUUCUAGAUAAAUACAAAGUCGCUUCUUUUCAAACAAUUUGCUAGCACGAUAUCCAAUGUUUCAAGCAUUUCAUUGCCAAAUUUUGAAACAAGGAAAGCUGACAUUUGUCAGUUAAACGUUGUAAAAACAUGAACCAGAUUCUCUUAGGUUACCGUAAAAUUCGUCGCUCCGACAGUGUCAACGAACGAGAAGAUCAUUCUGUCGUCAAUGUUCCAUUCGCUCUUCACGAUCGCCGUUCAACUGUCGCCGUGUCCUAAAAGUUCGGGAGUGGAGGUGCUCGAGACGACGCAGUUCAAACUUUUCUGUUUACAAAGCCGGACAGGUUAGUUUUAUCCAAUUGUCAAGUUUUGAUCUUCUAAAAUAGGGGCCACAAAGUGAUUAACAAACUUGUGAAUGUCGGGAAAACACUUAUCGGAAUGUGUUCUAGUGCUUAAAAAUAGUACAUUCCCAAUUUUUUUUUGAAAAAUGUUCGGUACUUCUCGAGUUAUGAACGUUUUUAGUUUGCGCGUUUGCACUGAAAAUUCAGUGAGCGAAAGGGGCGGAGUCUAUUUGGUGGCGGCGGCGCGCUCCCACUCGGGGAACAAAAUGGAGAGCGCGGACAGUUUUAUCACAAAAAUUAACUUUUUUUCAGUAAAAAUGUUGUCUUUAUCGAAUCCAAAAGUAAACAACGAAAAAUUUUGGAAGUGGGUUCGAACCCGCGACCUCUCGAUUAGUGGUUUCAGCACUUGCCACUUUACCACCCGGGCGCGAGCGCGCCCGCUGCUCCGUUCAGUUGAUGUGCGCGGUGUUCGCAGUCACUUUCUAGCAUGAAAAAGUUACUGAAAAUGCGCAGGAAACUGUAAUUUGUGACAUUUCGCCAAGUAAAACGGAUGUUCCCUAAAAGAAAUCUGGUGUAGUUUUUUGUGCUGAAUCCGAUUCUGCCGUCAAAAUCCCGGUGCCGGACCAGUGUCAACCCGAAAACUCCAAAAAACUGAUUUUUCGGGCGAACACGGUAUGUUUGACGAAGUUAAAAAGUAUCUUAUAGGUGUCCAAGUGAUCUGAAAUUUUGUACAGGGAUACUAUACGAGUUUCUUAACACAUUCCGAAAAUAAAAAUCGGGGGUCACCGCUGAAAAUUUUUUUCAGUUUUAAGUGGCAAUUGAACUGUCUGAAAUUGAUGUUUCGCCAAGUAAAUCUUCAAUUCUGACUUCAAAAACGGAUUCAGCAUGUCAAGAAUUAUCGGAAUGCAUAUUGGGAACCCCGGUGCCGGACUUAUAUUGACCCCAAAAAGUUCCUCGAACUGACACUGUCCGAACAUUUUGCUGUUUUCGCGCUUGUUCGCAAAAACUAUGACAGUUAGGCUCAAACUGACUUAACCAAUGGAUUCUACGUGGUUGAUUACAUAAAGUAAUGUUGUUAGUACAAUCAUUUAUCAUUCUGAGUCCGCACCACAGGCUCAGAAAGACGGAAAAAUGAAAUCCACUGAAAAAUUUCGACGCCCCGCCCCCUCCACUUUGUGGCCCCUAUUCUAAAACUCCGAUUUCGCAGGCGUCAAAUUCGUCGUGAUCACCUCGGCCGCAUCGAACAUCGCCGCCGACUCGUUGCUCUCGAAAAUGUACGAGCUCUACACGGACUUUGCGCUCAAGAAUCCGUUCUACUCGAUCGACAUGCCGAUCCGCGCGCAAAAGUUUGACGAGGCCAUCAAAGCGCUGUUGGAGCGAGCCGAGAAGAGCAACGGAGCAAUCACUUUCUAA